CCCACCCUCACCAUGCCACUUACAUACGAAACAAUCCCCCUCCAGGUGCAAGGCGUGCGUCUCGACAUCGCCACCAUCCACAACAACCUAAUCCCCGGGAAACCCCUCAUCCUUUUCCUUCACGGCUUCGGAUCCUGCAAAGAAGACCUCGCCGACAUGGCGAUCCGACCCGCCUUCCAACAAUAUGGCUACCUCGCCUUUGACGCGCCAGGCUGCGGACACACCACCAGCACGAACCUCUCCGCGACCGACAUCCCCUUCCUAGUCGCCACCGCCGAAGCGGUGCUCGCACACUACCAGAUCGAGCACUUCCACUUGAUGGGCCACUCGAUGGGCGGCCUUACCGCCCUCCUCCUUGCCCAUCACCACCCCACCCGCGUCUUAAGCUUCGUCGACAUCAAAGGCAACCUCGCCCCCGAAGACUGCUUCCUGAGCCGACAGAUCUUCCUCUUCCCAGCCGACGACCCCGAAGCCUUCCUAGAUGCAUUCAUCGCGCGCACCGCGACCGCCAACUCCCACGGCAGUGCCUUGUACGCCAGCACUAUUCGCGCGAGGGUGCGCGCCGGCGCGGUGCGCGCGAUCUUCGAGUCGAUGGUCCAGUUAUCUGACUCAGGCAGUCUACUAGAUAUAUUCUUGGGGUUGCCGUGUCCGAAGAUGUUCAUGUUUGGGGAGGAGAACGCUGGUUUGUCGUAUUUGCCCCGGCUGGGGAAGGAGGGGGUCGAGCUGGCGCUCAUCCCGGAGAGUGGGCAUUUCCCCAUGUAUUCCAACCCGGUGGAGAUGUUUCGGCGGAUGGCUGCAUUCUUGGAAGGAGUGGAGUAUAGUCAAAGCACAGUAGCAUAA